AUGUCGUUCCUGGUCAAUCCAUUUUCUCGGUCAUCUCAGGCUGGUAACGCGUGGUUUUGCGCUGGCGCAGUGACGUCGUACCCGGAUCUCGACGACUCCACGCGCGUCGGCGAACAGCGCCCGUGCGGCGAAAAGUAUGUGGCUGGAUGCCGGGUGUUUCACGUGCCUCGCGACGACAGCUCUAAAGCCACAGAGGUCGCAAUUGAUGACUGGAAGGACCCCGAAGUUGGUGGCGAUGCAAAGGACCAAGUGAUGGUAUUCCAGUACAAAGGAAAAUUUGUCGCGGUGAACCACGAAUGCCCGCACUCUUCAUAUCCACUCUCUAAUGGUACACCUUUCGAUAUCGAAGACUUUGGCGUCGUGCUCAGUUCAGGCAUCCAGUGUCCGAAGCACGACUGGUCGUUCGAUCUUCAUACCGGUCGAUCGGACCGCGGUAGCUAUAGGCUACAGGUGUGGGAAGUUCAGCAACGAUCAGGCGAUGAAGACCAGGAGGUAUGGGUUAGAAGAAAGCAAAGAAUCGGAUAG